GGCCGGGCCGGGCCGGGGGGGCCUCCCGAGCCCGCCCCCACCCCGCCGCCAGAGCCCUCAAAGAUGGAUAUAGAAGACUGUAACGGGCGAGCCUACAUACCUGGAAUCUGCUCUUCCUGGAAGGUGAGUGGCUGCGUGCGCCCUGCCAGCGACGCAGACAUGCACACGCAGCCCGGAAUCCAGCGCUGUUUCCAAGGAGUUGGAUGUGAUAACACUCCAGGGUAUCUCCAGCAAGGCAGUGGGGAUUCCUCGCUGGAGAAGGAGUUCACCUCGGCGAUCGUGGGCCCCGCGGUGAGCACCCCCAACAGCCAGCACUCGUCCCCGAGCCGCUCCCUCAGCGCCAACUCCAUCAAGGUGGAGAUGUACAGCGAUGAGGAGUCCAGCCGGCUGAUGUCGCAGGACGAGCGGAUGCUGGAGAAGGAGGACAGCGUCAUCGUGGAGGACUCGCUCUCGGAGCCCCUGGGCUACUGCGACGGGGCGGGCCCAGAGCCGCACUCUCCCGGGGGAAUCCGCCUUCCCAACGGGAAGCUGAAGUGCGACAUCUGCGGCAUGGUUUGCAUCGGCCCCAACGUGCUCAUGGUGCACAAGCGCAGCCACACCGGAGAAAGGCCCUUCCACUGCAACCAGUGCGGAGCCUCCUUCACCCAGAAGGGAAACCUCCUGCGCCACAUCAAGCUGCACUCGGGCGAGAAGCCCUUCAAAUGUCCCUUCUGCAACUACGCCUGUCGCCGGCGGGACGCGCUCACCGGCCACCUCCGCACGCAUUCCGUCUCCUCCCCCACCGUCGGCAAACCCUACAAGUGCAACUACUGCGGCCGGAGCUACAAACAGCAGAGCACGUUGGAGGAGCACAAGGAGCGCUGCCACAGUUACCUCCAGAGCCUCAAUCCCGAGCCACAGGCGCUGCCCGGCCAGCAAGGUGAGGAGAUGCGGGACCUGGAGAUCGUGCCCGACUCCCUGCUCCACCCCUCGGCCGAGCGGCCGACCUUCAUCGACCGCCUGACCAACAGCUUCACCAAACGGAAACGCUCCACGCCGCAGAAAUUCGUGGGGGAGAAGCAGAUGCGCUUUGCCCUCUCCGAGCUCCCCUUCGACGUGAACUCCAGCUUCGAGAAGGACGUGGAGGUGGUCUCAGCCCACCACCCCCUCGACGCCUCCUACGGCGGCCCCCUGUCCCUGCUGGGGGGGGAGCACCUGCGCUCGCUCCGCCUGCCCCCCACAAACUGCAUCUCUGAGGUCACCCCCGUCAUCAGCUCCGUCUACACGCAGAUCCAGGCGCUGCCGGCACGGCUGGAGCUGCCGGGGGGCCGGGAGGCGGCCGAGGGCCACGAGGAGGUGCCCGACGGGGUGUCGGUGGUGUUCCGGGCCCGGGAGCCCAGCGGGUCUCCCUCCAACGGCUGCCAGGACUCCACGGACACGGAGAGCAUCCACGAGGAGCGGAGCUCGCAGCUGGCGCCCGGGAGCAGCCGGCACAGCCCAGCCUAUGCCAAAGAGGAGCCCAAGGGGCCGGAGGGACCCCCGGGCACCCGGUGCACCCCCAGCUCCGCCAAAGAAUCCCUGCGGGUGCUCAACGAGGACGGAGAGCAGCUCCGGGCCUUCAAGUGCGAGCACUGCCGGAUCCUCUUCCUGGACCACGUCAUGUUCACCAUCCACAUGGGCUGCCACGGCUUCAGAGACCCUUUCGAGUGCAACAUCUGUGGCUACCACAGCCAGGACCGGUACGAGUUCUCCUCCCACAUCGUGCGGGGCGAGCACAAAAUCGGCUGAACCCCCUCCGGGCCCCCCCCCACGCCCAGCCCACCCCCCUCCUCCAUUCUCCCCCCUGUCUCUAGCGCAGCCCCUCCAUCCCUAGGGCAUGGAACUGUUGGUUUUUCUUUUAUACUCCUUUGCACUGACUUUGGCUACAAAAAGUAUUUAAAAAAAAAUUUUUUUCAAUAAUUAAAAAAAAAAAAAACACAAAAACAAACCACAAACCAACCGGCCCCGCCGAGGGGGAGCCCUUAAUCUGCCUUUUUAUAAACGGAGUUAUUUAAAUAUUGAAUAUUAAUGGACUUUUUUGUGCUCUCCCCCCACCUCCCAAGCCUCUCUCCAUUAUUUAUUAAGCUUUUGAGUUUCCCUUUUUAUAACUGUCGGGUUUUUUACCCAAAGAAAGUCUCACUUGAGCUUUUGAGACUGUUCCCCCCUGUCCUGCCCCGUCGGCUCCUCUCUGAGCCCAUUCCUUGGUGCGAGCCCAGCAUUGCCCGUCCCCAUCCCCGGGCAAACUGAACCUCAAAUUAGGUGCUAAACCCCCACGGGACCCCCCCAGUCCCAGCCUGACCCUCCCCAGCCCGGCGGGAGCCGCUGCAUCCCGAGCUUUGUCUGGGAAACCCCUGGAGUGGGAUGUGGGGACUCCCAGGCACCUUCCCAGCUCCCCUCUCGUGGAGUUCGGAGCCCCCUGACCCCACGUGGGGGCAAUGGGGGUCCAUGUCCUCCAAAAAAAGAAGGAUGAGCAUCCGGAGGCAGAUCCAUCCUGUUCCUGGGGUCUCCUCCUUCUCCUCUUCCUCGGCACAGGCCGGAAUCUGCUGCAGGGCAGG